CCGUUUCUCCGUAUCUCUCUGUCACUUAAUGCCCUCUACUGCGGCUUCUCCUCCACCACCACCUCCUCCUACCGCCGUUGCUAUCACCUACCUCUGACCUCUCCCGCCACCACCCACUUCUGCCGGAAAAAUGACAAAAUUUCUACGCUUUAAACUCUAUUUUUGCUUCUCCAUCUCCAGGAAAUCACGCCGUCACCGGAAAACGGCAGCCACUAACACCACCGACACCCCUAUGACCAUCACAGCGACCACACUGAUCCCGUCCUACUCGGAUUCCGACUGCCCUCAGGAAUUCACAUCCACCUCCAAGUCCGCCACCACCACGCACUCCGGCGCCUCCUCCUCGUCCCUCGCGGACCUCUCCCUCGACCUCGCCCGCGCCCUCUCCUCACGUCGUUUCUUCUUCUCCCCCGGCCGCUCCCACUCCCUCCUCCUCGAUUCAUGCUUCUCCACCUCCUCCUUCCGGCCGGCGAAGCCCCUUCCACCGCCGGCGCCAGCCCCUUUCGAAGAGGUUGUCGACGGCGGCGUCGCCAUACUGACUUACUCUCCUGACCCCUACAGCGAUUUCCGGACGUCGAUGCAGGAGAUGGUGGAAGCGCAGGAUCUCGACAUCUCGGCCGACUGGGGUUACCUGCAGGAGAUGCUGACGUGUUACCUCAAGCUCAACAGUAGGAGGACCCACAAGUACAUCGUCGGCGCCUUCGCCGACCUCUUGAUGAAUCUCAUGAUGGGCCGCCGGCAAUCUGACAUGUCCGGCGGGUAUGAGCUACUCCGGUAAGUGGUCGGCUGUGGGAGGUUUCUAUUUUUUCUUUUUUGGCCCUACUUGCCUUGGUGGUUUGAUUUGGUUAAUUUUCUCUGUCUUUGCUUUCUUGGGGAGAUUUUCAUGUAUAAAAUAUAUAAUUACGUGCUGCAAAAUCUACGCAAAUCCAGAAAUAGUCGCUUUAACGAGUAAUUCUAAUUGGCGUUUUUUUUUUUAGUUUAUUUUGAUGUGUAAAUCAGAUGCUUCUGGUUGUGCGGCAGGUUUAAAUGAACUUAUUUUAUGA